AUGGCUGAUUUUGUUUUUGGUGAUUUUUCUGAACAAGAAGCCGACAAACUCUUUGGUCAUGAUAAACAAGGAGUUAAAUUUCCAUGGGGUACAGAAGAUUGUACAAAUACUACUAUUGAAUUUGGUUUUGAUGUUCCAUCAGUAAUAUCACCAGCAGGCGGUGUUGGUGUAGUUUAUUCAUGUAAUGGUAGUUUAUCUCAUCAAGAAUCAACAAAUUCUGCUUUAACAUCUCCUCCCUAUUCAUCAAAAAGUUCAUCAAUUGAAAAUGUUAAAAUAAAAAAACAAUCAUCAUCAUCAUCACAUAAUCGUCAUGAUAGUGAUAGAAAAUUAAAGAAAAAACGUCCACCUAAUUAUUAUACACAAGAAUAUCAACAAAUGCUUGAACCAGCAACACUUCAACAACAAAAAUCUAAUGAUAUUAAAGAACAAACACCAAAUAUAGAACAAAAUACUAAUGAUCCUAAAUAUAUGUCAUGUGUACAAUGGAUUGAUUCAACAAGACAACAUCAACAUGAUGAUAAACAAUCAACGAAUGAUGAAGAUGAAAUUGAAUCAGAUACUCAUGACACAACAACUGAUACAGAUAAUGAUAGUGAUCAUCCACAAAAUAUAUCAAUUAAUAAAACAUUAUUAAAUAAUAAUAAUAAUAAUGAUCUAUCUAUUUAUUCAACAUCUGUUGCUAGUGGAGCUUCAAUUGAAACAUUAAAACCUUCAUCAGAUAAUCUCUCAUCAUCAAUGAAAUCUAAACCAGUAUCAUGGGCAGAUUUAUUCCGUGGUAACCAACCUAAUCCAACUUCAACACAACCAUCAUCCUCAACAACAGCAGCAGCAGCAACAACAACAACAGCAACUAAUGCCGCACAACAAUCUAGUCCUAUUCAAAAAGUUCCAACAGCAGCAGCAGUACCACAACAAAAUGGAAAAAAUAACGCAACGAAUAGUUUCUAUUCAAAAACAAAUUAUCAUGUUUAUAAUAGCAACGGAGAAGACUCAAGAUCAUUAGAAGAUUAUUUUUCUAAAUGUGAAUUACGUCCAUCAGCUAUGGCUAUUAAACCUCGUGGAUUAAUGAAUAAAAGUAACUACUGUUACGUUAAUGCUACUCUUCAAUCACUUCUUGCUUGUCCUGCUUUCUUUAAUGUAAUGAAAUAUAUCCCACUCAAUGAAGAUACAGAUAAUCAUAAUGUUCCAUGUAUUAGAGCUCUACAUUCAUUUGUUAAUCAAUUUGAAAAAAUGGAUCGAAGUAAAUCAAAUUCAAAUCAUAAAGAUAUUAUAUGUGGCCCAUCAUUUGAACCACUUAAUGUUCUUCAAGAAUUAUCUCGUCUUCGUCAUAUACCUGUUGAAAUAAUAAAAACUAAACAAGAAGAUGCACAUGAAUUAUUAUGUCAAUUAUUAAGUGAAUUACAUGAUGAAAUUUGUCAAAUUUUAUAUAAUGCAUCAACGAAUAAAAAUGAAGAAUCUACUUCAAGUUCAGAUUUAUCAACAUUAACAACUGAUUUACAAUUAAAUGGUGAGGAAAAAUCUGAAGAUUGGCUUCAAGUUGGAAAACGUAAUCGUACACAUGUUUUACGAACGAAUGAAAUUCGAAAAAGUCUUAUUGCUGAUAUAUUUGCUGGAAAAUUUCGUUCAACAGUACAUAGUUCUGGAAAUCAAAAAUCAGUCGUACAUGAACCAUUUUUCACCCUUUCACUCGAUAUUAAAGACCCAAAAAUAAUUACACUAGAUGAUGCUCUUCUACGUUUCUGUGAACAAUCAGCACUUUCCGAUUAUGUUGAUAGUAAAAAUCGUCAAAAUAUCCAUACAAAUAAAACAAUGUUAAUUGAACAUUUACCACCUAUACUUAUUAUUCAUUUAAAAUGUUUUGUCUAUGAUGAAACAGAUGGAAUUAAAAAAAUAAAUAAAUCUUUAAAUUAUACCGUUAAUUUAACAUUACCAAAAAAUAUAUUAACUGAACAAGCUCGAAAACAAUAUCAAGAUCGAUAUAAAUUAUUUGCUGUUGAAUAUCAUCAAGGUGAUCAAGCAACUAAAGGACAUUAUAUAACUGAUGUAUUUCAUCCAGGUCUUCAAGGAUGGGUAAGAUUUGAUGAUGGAAAUGUUCAUGUUGUUACAUCAAAUCAAGUUAUUAAUCCAACAUUUGAUAAACUUACGCCUUAUUUACUAUUUUAUCGUCGUGAUUAA